GAGGCUGUCGCUUGUGGAUCUUUUGCUCUCCUCCAGGAAACAAACAAAAGAAAACCCGUCACAUACACUCUCUCACACACACACACACACUGAUAAAGGAAAAAAGUAUUUUCAGAUUGCGUUGUGUCAAAGGGUUGAGCUGAGAGGGAGGAAGGAUGGUAAUGUGAAGAGAAACACACCCAGGACUGAUUCAUACAGCAUGGCCAACAACUGGUGGUUGCCACAGGAUACAGAAUUUGACUUGAUCAUGUGAUCUGUCCUCCUUCCUGUACCCUUAGUUAGACCUUCCAGAGGGACAUCAUGACCAGACGACUGAGCAGCUCGACUCGAUCCCAGACGGAGGACUCCGUCUUCCUAAAGCCAGACGAAGACCCCAUAUGGCUGGAUGACCCUCCAACGACAGACGGCGAUCCCACUCAACCAGGAGAUGGCCCCCCAGGCCUUGACGAACCCCCAGGACCAGGGACAGGUCCCCCAGGGCCCCAGAGACACCCAGAGGAACUGUGGAGGGACAAGUUUUACACCAUCGUCAUGGGGAUGCACUGGUGUGCCGUGUUCUGCGCAAUUUCCCAAAUCACGGGUUAUUGGGCCUUCUUCCUGGUGGAUGGUAAUGGGCUUUUCUCAGCCUUCUACAAAUCCCUGCAGCUCCUAGACUUCUACCUGGGCGUCCUCCUAUCAUUCAACCCUGUGUUUGGAGUGGACUCCCUGUGCGUGAUGGCGGAGGUGGAGAAGACCAAUCACUACUGGGUCCUCCAGGCCACCGAAGGCAUUGGCAUGGCUAUCAUUGUCUUUAUGAUCAUCCGCACUGUGUGUAAGUUGGAGUACGGUGAUGCGUGGUGGUCAGCGGCGACGGUGGCUGACCAUGGGGACAGACGUCAGUCGGUGAGUCGCCAGCCUUCCUUCACCCUGUCGGAGUGGACAGACGCCCAGGAGGACCUGAUGGACCUGGAAGCUGAACCCCAGACCCCCAUUUUUGACCUGGGCCUGGACACGAGGACAGAGGGGGACAUCACCACCCUCUCUGUUACACCUGUGGGCCUGCAGGAGAGGAGAGGCUCCAACGUGUCUCUGACCCUGGACAUGUGUUCUCCUGGCUGUACGGAGCCCUAUGGCUACGGAGCCCAGCUCUCCCCCAGAGACCAGACUGCCAAGGAGUACCUGAGGGAGGGAACAAACACUCUCACCCCUAGCCAGCUCCACACACGCGCUAUAGACGACCAGGCCCUACAGGCUGAGUUCUAUGAAACUCCCAUGAACUUUGUGGACCCAAAGGAGUAUAACUACCCGGGCCUGGUGAGGAAGAACCGCUACAAGACCAUCCUCCCCAACGCACAUAGCCGAGUGAUACUCCGGACAGCAGAUGAAGAGGAGUUCCUCAGUACCUAUAUCAACGCUAACUACCUACAGGGUUACGGGGGUGAGGAGCGGGCGUACAUCGCUACCCAGGGUCCUACAGUGAACACAGUGGGAGACUUCUGGAGGAUGGUGUGGCAGGAGCGCUGUCCCAUCAUCGUCAUGAUCACAAACCUAGAGGAGAAGAAUGAGAAAUGUGCAGAGUACUGGCCUGAGGACUCUGUGACCCACGAGGGCAUCGAGAUCAAGGUUGUCACGGUAACCCAGGAGGACGACUACAGCCUGAGGGUCUUCACUCUGAAGUUUGAUGGAGAGGAGCGCAGCCUCCGGCAGUACUGGUACACCUCCUGGCCUGACCAGAAGACCCCAGACAAAGCCCCGCCACUCCUGGAGCUGGUAGAGGAAGUGGAGCAGGCCAGAGCGGAAGCUCCGCCCACCAGCGGCCCUGUCAUCGUCCACUGCAGUGCUGGGAUAGGUCGGACAGGCUGUUUCAUCGCCACCUCCAUCCUGUGUAAACAGCUGAGGAGUGAGGGCGUGGUCGACAUCCUGAGGACCACCUGCCAGCUCCGCCUCGACAGAGGCGGGAUGAUCCAGACGGGUGAGCAGUACCAGUUUGUUCACCACGUCCUCAGCCUCUACGAGAAGCAGCUGUCCCACAUUGUAGAGGAGUAGAGACACACCACUGUACUGUACCUACUGUACACUGUACCUACUGUAUUGUACAAUGUACCUUCUGUAUUGUACACUGUACCUUCUGUACUGUACACUGUACCUACUGUACGUACUGUACUGUACCUACUGUACUGUACCUACUCUAUUGUACACUGUACCUACUGUACUGUACUGUACACUGUACCUACUGUACUGUACACUGUACCUACUGUACUGUACACCCAUCUCAAUGUCACCCUUUAGCACACACAACCACAAAAACAAUAACAGACUAUGUCAGCCUCAUCCAGCCCCCUUUCAUUUCAGAGGCCCACGUACGAGAAGCCCAAUUCUGACAUAAAUUCCUUAAUUCGGCAAGAAUUUGACUGAUUUGAUUUGCAGACCAUGCUCUAAGAGUAGCAAUAACUACAUGACUGUCUGGCCCCACUUCUAACGCAGACAUUUGUUGUCACACUUGGCAGAGGUCUGUCCAGUAGGAUAUUUGAUGAUAUGUCCCGUCAAGUGCCAUGUUAGAUUAUUCAGACUUCUCCAGAUAAGAAAAGCCUAUAUUCACGGUGUUGUAAAACAAUCUCACAGUGAGGGACCACCAGUUCGUCUGAAACGUAAACCGCCAACUAGCUUUUCUCUCCUGUUACAACAAAACCUCCAUACGAGCAAAAGACGUAGAAAAUGUCAAUGUUCAAAGUCUUGUGCUCACUUGGCCUCUUCAAAUAAACACAGUACAGCAGGCCUUUCCAAACUCCUGGUGCUUCUCAGGAGCCACCUCAUCUUCAGGUUUCAUGGUGCUCCGUGUUCAUUACCACUGACUGAGGCAUGUGCCAUAGAUCUCUAUGGAAACACCGAGGAAUGUAACCGUUGGGUAACUAGGCAUUGUGUGCAGUCUCUUCAGUAUUACAGUACCGUGCGUAUGUGCAGUCAGUCAUCAUGAUCUCCAUGGUAAUUCAUCAGACAUCAUAGCCUCAUAGACUUUCACCAGCGUUGUCAGGUGACCACCGAGACUUGGGGGGGACGUGUGCAUGUCUCAACUUCUGAGUUCACACAUGAGAAGUAAUGACUGGCACAUACAGUAGCAUAGGAAUCCAGAGGCGGAGGUGCAGAUCUGCUAGUGAAACGUGCACCUGUUACAUUUUUUCCCCCUCACGGGAGUCAAAUAGCCUGGGUGCCAGUCUGUUUCGGCUCGCUUGCCAAACUCCUUAUGGUAUUGUCAUGUUUUGUCAAUUCAAAUUUGGUCUGCAAAAGCAACAACAACAUCAAAAAACAGAUCUGGGACCAUGCUAGAAAAUCAACAUGAAAGUGCAAAAGGGUACGAAUGUAAAAAGGUUGCAAGAAGAAACAAAACCUCUAAACUGGACUUUAAUGGUUUAGCUUUCCUUUUAAACGUUAUUAUUCCCCUCUAACAAAGGAUCCAGGUGUUAAUGAUGAUGGGUAAACCUGACCCUCCUGACCCUGCCCAUCAGCGCCCUCUCUGUGGGGUUGGGAUGAUGAUGACCUCUGCUGACAACAGUACCCUGAACACGUGCGUGACGUUAGCAGCCCAUGAUUGUUGUAUAGACAGGCCAAGCCUACUCCGUAUAAAGCACAAUAGACUAACUAUGGUUGUCUCUCUGAUGUUCAGCUGUAAAAUGUUCAUGUCUCUGUGUCGUGUUUUGACUGUGUUGAUUUAAAUGGAUUGCAUGUGCUGUAUGGGACUCUCAUAUGUCCGUAAUCAAAGCGAAAGUGAUUGGUUGUCCAGCUUUCUGUUGUAAUAAGGGUUCUCCGAUUAUCUUGCUUGCUCUCUGCCAAUGCUUUUGAUACAGUUUGCUUUUGUGAAACCAACCAGAGAUAUUUUUAGAACCGUUUUUUAUACAAUCCUUUCGAGUAGAUGCCUUGUGUAUAUUUUCCAUUUACACCACAAUGGAAUGUAGCUCAUACUGUGGUCAAACCAUUGGUUUAUAUCGCAAGAUUUGACAGAUACAAAUGUGACAACUACCCAAGUUACCUUACAACAAAAAAACAUUGAUUGUUUUGUCUUCAGUAUGACUUUGAUGCCUCUAGGCUUUGCUUCAAUAUGCUUUGCUUUGUGUGUCCUUGAGGUUUUUUUUUUUAUCUCAUUUUCUUUUCGAGUUUUACCCCAGACCCAGUUUUGACACAGUCCUCACACAUUCCCCAUCUGUGGUUUCAAUUGAAUUCAAUCGCAUAUAAAGGAAAACCACACUAUGGGUUCACUCUAAAUGUUUAUGCCAAUGACGAACAGCUUCCGGGCCACGAUUUGAAUGUGGUUGACACCUCCGAUACUUAACAUUGACCGACUGCAUGGUUUCUCCUUGGCGCGUAAUUGAUUGCAUUGUGGCCUGUGAACUCCAAGCUAGACUGACCUCACAUCGACAUGAGAAAUAUCAACUACUCGUAGGACAGCUAAAACAAUGGGAUUAAGAGUUGUAUGGAAGAAACCUCUAAGGACUCUGAAUCUUUGAUUGAAUGCAGCUGGUCCAUUACAGUGAACACCCAGCAGGAGACAAUGUCACUGGUUUGUUUUAAAUGGGCAUCUCACAAAGUAAAAAUGAGAAUUUCAUCCUCUGAUUGAAACGGCCGUGACAUGUUGAGUUUUGAAGAUGGAACAACAACUGAAGUGGAACCGCUAGGAACUUGGAGAAGUUGGAAUUCAACUAUGAAAUCCUUUCCUGAUAACGCUCGUUGCAAUUGAUCCAACCGCUUUAUUUUGAGUGCUUGUUGUCUGUGCUGCCAGGUCUUAUUCUGGUUAUCAUAGUGAGGGAGAAGAUCAUUGAAAUAGCCAACCCAGUGAACAAAAUUGGUUGAAAAUACUUUGAAUAUGUCUUUUUGGUUGAAAAUAUGUCUUCUCAAACAGUUUUUUGCUCACUGGGGAAACUAUCAGACAUACUCCAACCAACCAGCAAACAGCCUACUCUCCUCUGCUUCUACAGUAUUGCUUUUAAAUUGUGAGUUUUUGCAUCCAAAUAAAAGUAGAUUUUCAUGAA